CUCUGACCCCUCUCCCGCUCCCGCUCCGCUCAGCGGGGCCGAGCCCGGGCCGCCGGGCCAGGCUCGCCAUGGAGGUGGAAGAGGCGUUCCAGGCGGUGGGGGAGAUGGGCAUCUACCAGAUGUACUUGUGCUUCCUGCUGGCCGUGCUGUUGCAGCUCUACGUGGCCACCGAGGCCAUCCUGAUCGCCCUGGUGGGGGCCACACCCUCGUACCACUGGGACCUGGCAGAGCUCCUGCCCAAUCAGAGCCACAGCAACCAGUCAGCAGGGGACGACCGUGCACUCGGGGACUGGCUGCUCACGGCCAAUGGCAGCGAGGUCCGGAAGCACGUGCACUUCAGCGGCAGCUUCACCUCCAUCGCCUCUGAGUGGUUUUUAAUUGCCAACAGAUCUUACAAAGUCAGUGCAGCGAGCUCUUUCUUCUUCAGUGGUGUGUUUGUGGGAGUCAUCUCCUUUGGUCAGCUUUCAGAUCGCUUUGGAAGGAAAAAGGUCUAUCUCACAGGUUUUGCUCUUGACAUCUUAUUUGCUAUUGCAAAUGGGUUUUCCCCUUCGUAUGCCAUCUUUGCAAUAACUCGCUUCCUGGUGGGCGUGAUGAACGGAGGAAUGUCGCUGGUGGCUUUCGUCCUGCUGAACGAAUGUGUGGGCACCGCCUACUGGGCACUCGCAGGGUCGAUCGGUGGCCUCUUCUUCGCGGUCGGCAUUGCCCAGUAUGCCCUGUUGGGGUACUUCAUCCGCUCCUGGAGGACCCUCGCCAUUCUGGUGAACCUGCAGGGAACGGUGGUCUUCCUUCUGUCUUUAUUCAUUCCUGAAUCACCUCGUUGGUUAUACUCCCAGGGUCGACUGAGUGAGGCUGAAGCAGCUCUGUACCUCAUUGCCAGGAGGAACCGCAAGCUCAAGUGUACGUUCUCACUAACCUACCCGGCCAGCAGGAGCCACAGAGAGACCGGAAGCUUCCUGGAUCUGUUCCGUUACCGCAUCCUCUUGGGGCACACGCUGACCCUGAUGUUCAUCUGGUUCGUGUGCAGCUUGGUGUAUUACGGCCUCACUCUGAGUGCAGGGGAUCUCGGCGGAAAUAUUUAUGCCAACCUGGCCCUGUCUGGCCUCAUAGAGAUUCCGUCUUACCCUAUCUGCAUCUACUUGAUUAACCAGAAAUGGUUUGGUCGGAAGCGGACAUUAGCGGCAUUUCUGUGCCUAGGAGGACUGGCUUGUCUUAUUAUAAUGUUUCUUCCAGAAAAGAAAGACACAGGUGUGUUUGCAGUGGUGAAUAGCCAUUCCUUGUCUCUGCUCGGGAAGCUGACGAUCAGCGCGGCCUUUAACGUGGUGUACAUCUACACCUCUGAGCUGUACCCCACGGUCAUCAGGAACGUUGGGCUUGGAACUUGUUCUAUGUUCUCCCGAGUUGGUGGGAUUAUUGCUCCCUUCAUCCCCUCACUGAGAUAUGUGCAGUGGUCUUUACCCUUCAUUAUCUUUGGAGCCACCGGCCUGACUUCCGGCCUCCUGAGUUUAUUAUUGCCGGAAACCCUUAACAGCCCAUUGCUAGAGACAUUUUCUGACCUUCAGGUGUAUUCAUAUCGGAGACUGGGGGAGGAAGCGUUGUCCUUACAGACCUUGGAUCCCCCGCAGUCUGAGGACAAGGAUGACACUGUAGGCAGUGAGAGUGAGGAAGAGGAAGAGUUCUUCGAUGCGGACGAAGAAACCCAGAUGAUUAAGUGAAGUGGCCCGGGAUCCUGCGUCACAAGCAGACAAUCUCCUCGCCUCUGGCGAAGGCAGGCUUUCCCGGGAAGCGUCGGGAGUCGUGGAAGUACAGGCUUGCACACACACGGGAGAUCCUCAGCACGGCUCGUUUUUUUCAGGCGCAAAGGAAGAUGGAGAAGAGAUUUCGUGAGGACAUCACUGUACUGAGCGAGUAGUCGUUCAUUAGUCGGCAGUUCAGGCUCAUUUCUGAACCAUGACUUCUGGCCAGAGAGCUCCAAUCCACAUGCCAAAGUGGAAAGCUAAUUUGUUUCUGGAAGUCUGAUCGUGUUGCUUAUCCUUGAUCAUGCCUAAAGGCAGACAUAUAAAAUUCCUUCUGCCCUCUUAGUGGGAUAAGAUAAACCAUCCUUAAGAUUUCAUCCUAAUACCAUAUUUGACAUCUGCCCCUUAUCAUUUGUGCCUCACCAGGAAUCUCUCCAGGCCGACUGGUGUUCGCAUUCCAGUUUCAUGCCAGAGGAAAAGCACUGAGAGGACAUUGUGUGUGGCCCAAGGCCUCCAGCUUUCCCCUAACUGAUGAGAGGUGGGUCCACCCCGCUCGCUUCCCAGGCUCAGGAUUGGCUUGAGUACCCUGUGUCUUGAGCCCCACAGACGAUCCAACUGUACCGAAGCGAUUUUUCUCAGAGCCAGAGGUGUGGCUGCAGCUCCCGCUCACUCCCUUUGACAGGCAGCUUGUGUCACUUCCUCCGUUCUGACUUGGGCACAUCUCCAGAAACUGGUCCAUCUCAGAUUCCAGUACCAGCAAUCACUUCAGAACUGGGCUCACUAAGGGAUGAAGCUUCGUGAAGGUAGAGGGCAGCCGCAGAGUGACAGACAUGUCAAGCAUUUGAAAAGGGGCAGCUUUUAUAAGGAAGAAAAGAAAAUGAUCUGUCGCGGGUUUUCGUUCUGUUUUCCGCGUUGUACAAUGAGGCACUUGGGCAACCGCUAAGAACUUGAACACUUCUAAUUCCAGGUCAGUCCCUACCUCUGUGUCAGAGUGGAAAGCAAGUAAUUUCAUAGGAAGUGUGAUUUUUUUCAUGAAGUACUGCCAACUUUCAAAUAAGUCUGUCACACAUGGUUUUCUAAAAUCAUAUGCUGAAAGGACCUGUUUCCCUCAAAACUUGAAUGCUAUCUCAAGUAGGAGUGUUACCUGGAGUCAACAGGUUUGUGCAAUAUGGCUUUAGGCCACUUUCCCAACCAGGAACUUUACUGUGUCUUCAGAAUUUCCCAUUUUAUUAACUCGGAGAAAGAAGUUGCACUGAAGUUAAAGAGAAGACGUCAUGGGGCCUGCUUCUGGAAAUCUCGGAGACAUCACCCCCAGCUGGCUCUGACACUUCCCCAACUGCUUCCACAUUAACCUCUUGGUUUACACUCUAUCAGUCUGUACCUUUGUAUUGGUUAAAGUAUUUUUAUGUCCUUUAUGCCUUUGAUGAUAUUUUGAGCUCUUCAUACAUAGGGGCCAUCUCUUCUGCUGUUUGUUUCUCUCUGAUGUGUCCAGAAGAAUAUGGGCCUAGACACAGUAAGGACCUAAUAAAUAUUGCUGUUUCUAACCAAGAAAA